AUGGCUGUGAAGAUGGCGGCGGCUGCGUGGCUUCAGGUGCUGCCUGUCAUUCUUCUUCUUUUGGGGGCUCAGCCGUCCCCAUUGUCGCUCCUUGGUGUAGGACCGGCACCUGUCGCUGCUGCUGACCGAUCCAAGUGGCACAUUCCGAUACCGUCGGGGAAAAAUUAUUUUAGUUUUGGAAAGAUCCUGUUCAAAAAUACCACUAUCUUCCUGAAAUUUGAUGGAGAACCUUGUGAGGUAUCUUUGAAUAUAACCUGGUAUCUGAAAAGUGCUGAUUGUUACAAUGAAAUCUACAACUUCAAGGCAGAAGAAGUGGAGACAUAUUUGGAAAACCUUAAGGAAAAAAAAGGCUUGUCUGGAAAAUACCAGACAUCAUCAAAAUUGUUCCAGAACUGCAGUGAGCUCUUUAAAACACAGAGCUUUUCUGGGGAUUUUGUACAUCGAUUGCCUCUCUUAGGAGAAAAACAAGAGGCUAAGGAGAAUGGAACAAACCUUACUCUUACUGGAGACAAAACUGCAAUGCACGAUCCACUGAAAACCUGGCAAGAUGCACCAUACAUUUUUAUUGUACAUGUUGGCAUUUCAUCCUCAAAGGAAUCCUCAAAAGAAACUUCACUUAAUAGUCUUUUUACCAUGACUGUUGAAGUGAAGGGUCCGUAUGAAUAUCUCACGCUUGAAGAAUAUCCAUUGAUGAUUUUUUUCAUGGUGAUGUGCAUCGUAUAUGUCCUGUUUGGUGUUCUGUGGCUGGCAUGGUCUGCCUGCUAUUGGAGAGAUCUCCUGAGAAUUCAGUUUUGGAUUGGUGCUGUCAUCUUCUUGGGAAUGCUUGAGAAAGCUGUCUUCUAUGCAGAAUUUCAGAAUAUUCGAUACAAAGGAGAAUCAGUUCAGGGCGCUCUGAUCCUUGCAGAGCUGCUAUCGGCAGUUAAACGCUCACUGGCUCGAACCCUGGUCAUCAUAGUCAGCCUUGGAUAUGGCAUAGUCAAGCCUCGACUUGGAGUCACUCUUCACAAAGUUGUGGUAGCAGGAGCCCUCUAUCUUUUGUUCUCUGGAAUGGAAGGGGUCCUCAGAGUUACUGGGUCUUUUUCUUAUCCCUUGGCUCUGAUAGGAAACCUGGCCCUCUCAUCAAUUGAUGCCUGUAUUAUUUUAUGGAUAUUUAUUAGCCUGACUCAAACAAUGAAGCUGUUAAAACUUCGGAGGAACAUUGUAAAACUCUCUUUGUACCGACAUUUUACCAACACACUUAUCUUGGCUGUGGCAGCAUCUAUUGUGUUUAUCAUCUGGACAACCAUGAAGUUCAGGAUAGUGACUUGUCAGUCGGAUUGGCGGGAGCUGUGGGUGGAUGAUGCCAUCUGGCGGUUGCUGUUCUCCAUGAUCCUAUUUGUCAUCAUGGUUCUCUGGCGACCAUCUGCAAACAACCAGAGGUUUGCCUUUUCACCAUUGUCUGAGGAAGAGGAAGAAGAUGAACAAAAAGAACCUAUGCUAAAAGAAAGCUUUGAAGGAAUGAAAAUGAGAAGUACUAAACAAGAACCAAAUGGAAAUAGUAAAGUAAACAAAGCACAGGAAGAUGAUUUGAAAUGGGUAGAAGAGAAUGUUCCUUCUUCUGUGACAGAUGUAGCACUUCCAGCCCUUCUGGAUUCAGAUGAGGAACGAAUGAUCACACACUUUGAAAGGUCCAAAAUGGAGUAAAGAAUGGGAAGAUGUGCAGUUGAAGAUGGGUAGUAACUCGGAAGAGAUCAGCUUCUGUGUCAAUCUUCUACACUCCUCCAUGGAAUUAAAGGAGGCAGUGAAACCUGAUCUAUUCCUUGACCUUUGUGCAUUGGAGCUGGUGAGAGGUGUCAGAACAAGGAGAACAUCUUACUGAAAACAAGUUCAUAGGACAAGAAAAAUCUACAAGUUUUUAUUUACAACAUUGAUGCCCCUUUCCCUCCCACACCCUGACAUGGAUGUUUAUGCAACUUAUGUGUGUUGUUCCUGAACCUUCUAUAACGUUUAAAUUGUUUAAUCUAUCAAACUAAAAAGUUUAACAUCUUCUAAAGAACUAUGACAUCAACGCCAUAAUAUGUAAUCUCCAGGAGCAACUGCCUAUAAUUUUUAUUUAUUUAGAGAGUUACAUAGGUGAUGGGGGAAAUUAUCAAUUACCUUUCCAUUUCCUGAGAAGCCAAGGUUACAUCUUACAGAGGUAAUUUUGAGAAAAAAAGAGUCCUGAGCUAAGGAGCCAUGGUUCUAUGGAUGAUUUAAAACAAAAACAAAAGAGUAUGUAAGAGAGAAGCAAACUGUUACAGUAUGAUUCAGAUCAUUUAAAAAAAAAAUCAAGUGCAAUUUUGUUUACAAAUGGUGUAUAUUAAAGAUUUUUCUAUCUCAGAUGUACUUUAGAGAGAAAUAUUAGCUUAACUCUUGACAUCUGCUAUUGUGACACAUCCCAUUGCUGGCAAUGUGGUGCACACUCCAGAACUUUUAACUACUGUUUUGUAAGCCUCCAAGGGCGGUGGCAUUGCGGAGUCCUAGGCAGUGCUUUGUUUGCCUUCAUGCCAUUCACUGGGUGUUGCACUAGAUGCAGAGAGGCACUCCGUCUAAGUGCUUGUGAAUGAGUGCCCUGCUAAAGGAACUGUAAUGCUUAGGAAGCAGGAGCUAAUACAAAGGAAACAGGUCCUUCUGGCUUAAUUGAAACAGUUUUUCCUGCAUGAAGUAGCGUGGAGGCCCUAGACUGCUGCUCAUUCUUUAGGAUCGACUGUUCUUAUACCUGGUGUUGGUUUAGAGACUGUUUAUAAAAGACAUCACAAGGUGAUGGGAUUCAUUUGAAGCACUAUAUUUGUUUUAAUGGUUUUGUCCAAUUUUGCCUUCCCAAGAUUUUUGUUUUACGUAGAAAGUUCAUGCCACUUUUUAAUAUAAAAAAUUUUAACAAAAUUAA